AUGUCUAGCGUCGAAUAUGAUGACUACGAGUAUGAUGACGCUAACCUGACCGAUGCUGAGUAUGAAGAUCUGGUACGAGCCACACUUUGGCCACAAACCAUUGAAAAGACCUUCGUUGUGGUAUUGAUGACUAUGAUGGUAAUCGGUGUCAUCGGUAAUACAUUGGUCGUCGUCGUGGUCAUCUCUAAAAAAUCCAUGGGGUUCCAGUUCUUCCCUGAAUAUACCUAG